CCUCCCAAAAUGCUGGGAUUACAGACAACAAGGGAGGUGUCACAGUUUUUCAUUUAGAUCAACAACUUCAAGUUCUUACCAUGGAAAAUUCUGAAGAGACUGAAGUGGUUCUCCUUGCUUGUGGUUCCUUCAAUCCCAUCACCAACAUGCACCUCAGGUUGUUUGAGCUGGCCAAGGACUACUUGAAUGGAACAGGCAGAUACAGAGUUGUCAAAGGCAUCAUCUCUCCUGUUGGUGACGCCUAUAAGAAGAAAGGACUCAUUCCUGCCCAUCACCGGGUCAUCAUGGCAGAACUUGCCACCAAGAAUUCCAAAUGGGUGGAAGUUGAUACAUGGGAAAGUCUUCAGAAGGAGUGGAAAGAGACUCUUAAGGUCCUAAGACACCAUCAAGAGAAACUGGAGGCUAGUAACUGUGAUCACCAGCAGAAUUCACCUACGCUAGAAAGGCCUGGACGGAAGAGGAAGUGGACUGAGCAAAAACAAGAUUCUAAUCAAAAGAAAUCCCUAGAUCCGAAAACAAAAGCUGCACCCAAGGUCAAGCUGCUGUGUGGGGCAGAUUUACUGGAGUCCUUUGCUGUUCCCAAUUUGUGGAAGAGUGAAGACAUCGCCCAAAUCGUGGCUGACUAUGGGCUCAUAUGUGUCACUCGGGCUGGAAAUGAUGCUCAGAAAUUUAUCUAUGAAUCAGAUGUGCUGUGGAAACACCGGAGCAACAUUCACGUGGUGAAUGAAUGGAUCACUAAUGACAUCUCAUCAACAAAAAUCCGGAGAGCCCUCAGAAGGGGCCAGAGCAUUCGCUACUUGGUACCAGAUCUUGUCCAAGAAUACAUUGAAAAUCAUAAUUUGUACAGCUCUGAGAGUGAAGACAGGAAUGCUGGGGUCAUCCUGGCCCCUUUGCAGAGAAACACUGCAGAAGCUAAGACAUAAGAAUUCUACAGCAUGAUAUUUAGGACUUCCCGUUUGGGGAUCUGAAACAAUCUGGGUGUUAGUAACUGAGGAAGGAAGAUGUGAUCUGUUGCCUAAACUAAAGCUUAAGUUGAGUAAAAACUGGCCUGGUGUGGUGGCUCACGCCUAUAUUCCCAGCACUUUGGGAGGCCAAGGCAGGCAGAUCACAAGGUCAAAGGAUCGAGACUGUCCUGGCCAACAUGGUGAAACCCUGUCUUUACCAAAAAUACAAAAAUUAGCUGGGCAUGGUGGUGCACACCUGCAGUCCCAGCUACUCGUGAGGCUGAGGCAAGAGAAUCGUUUGAACCCGGGAGGCAGAGGUUGCAGUGAGCCAAGAUUGCACCACUGCACUCCAGCCUGGCAACAGAGCAAGACUCUGUCUCAAAAAAAAAAAAGUUUAGUAAAAAUCAAUGGUAAGUUAAAAUAAGGGUUUUUUUUCUUCUUUUUAUCAGAUGUUGCUAAGAUGAAUGUUUUCCUUAUGGUCUUAUUUUAAUCUCUAUCUUUAAAACAUUAAGAGAAGAAAUUAGUAGCACACAAAAACCAGAGUAUUUUCAGUGAAACUAGCUGCAAAUAAGUUAAAUAGUCCAUCCUGGCCAGGCAUACUGGUUCACGCCUGUAAUCCAAGCAUUUUGGAGACCAAGGCAGGCGGAUCACCUGAGGUCGGGAGUUCAAGACCAGCCUGACCAACAUGGUGAAACCCCGUCUUGGAAAAAAAAAAAAAGUCCAUCCUAACUCUAUCAUAUAAAAGAGGCAAAAUGUGAAAAGCAAACAUUCAUUUAAAAUUCUAACUUUGGAAAAAAAAAUAUAUAAAAUACAUAUAUAUAUAAUAUAUAAACUACAUAUAUAUAAUACAUACACAUAUAUAAUAUAUAUAACACAUAUAUAAUAUAAUACAUAUAUAAUACAUCAUAUAUAUACAUAUAUAAUACAUAUAAUAUAUAUUAUAUAUAAUAUAUAUAAUAUAUAUAUGUAUAAAAGGGGGGGUGAUGAAAAAAUAAAAUUCUAAUUUUGGUUAUGAAGGGAAUUGACAUUUAAUGUAUGCCUAUUGCUGGACAAUCAGCAGCCAGGGUAGACAAAAAGGAAUUCUUUUUUUUUCUUUUGAGACGGAGUUUAGCUCUUAUUGCCUAGGCUGGAGUGCAGUGGCUUGAUCUUGGCUCACUGCAACCUCCACCUCCUGGGUUCAGGCGAUUUUCCUGCCUCAGCCUCCCAAGUAGCUGGGAUUACAGGCGCGCAACACCAUGCCUGGCUACUUUUUUGUAUUUUUAGUAGAGAUGGUGUUUUACCAUGUUGGCCGGGCUGCUCUCAAACUCCUGACCUUAGGUGAUCCACCUGCCUUGGCCACCCAAAGUGCUGGGAUUAAAGGCAUGAGCCAUUGAGCCCAGCUAAGAAAGGAAUUCUUACAGUAGUGAUCUUGUAAAAUGUACCAUUGAUAAAUCAUCUCCAGUUACACAAAAUAAAGGUUGUGUAUACGUCUGCCAGAAACAUUGUACCAAUAGUUCUCUGUGACACAUACAGAGAAUGUCAACUCAACUUUGGCAAGACCUAUCUGCCUGGAGCUCCACCUUUGGAGGUGUAGGGAGUGGAGGUCCAAGCCCUCAUAUGUUUAGAAAGGUACACAGGUAUUUCUGAUGCCCACCAGAGGGAGAGAGCUGCUGCCUUACACUUUAUACACAUUCACUUAGCCUUGCUGUGAGUCAUGCUCUAGCCCUGGCCAUUCAUCCUCUCUUUAUCUGUCUUCAGGAACAACUUCAGAGAUGACAUCAUGCUACCUUGCGUUGAGAGAACCACAGAGAAUGAGGGAUCUCAUUCAAAGAUUUUCUAAGGCUGAAUACUCUUAGCCCUUAUUGAUAGAUUAAUCAGAAGACGUGAGUGGGAUGCAAUGGGGCAUGCUCUGUAAUCCCACCUAUGUGGGAGGCUGGGGCAGGAGGAUAGCUUGAGCCUAGAAGUUUGAGACCUGCCCAGGCAAAAUAGUGAGAACUUGACUUAAAAAACUCUGGUGUUUCUGAAGAGUCCUGCUGAUUCUGUUCCAGCCUGCUGUGAAUCUGCCAUUUUUGAAUUUAAGCAGAAAAAGGGUCUAUUUCCUCAUACUAUUCUAAUACAUUUAAAUAGUAUUAAUUAUUUUUGUUAUUGUUGUUCUUUUUUGAACAGUGGUUCAGAAGGAUAAAUAGUAUUAAUUAUAAUACUAUUCUAAUACAUACAAAAUAGAAUAAUUUGCCUUUUUUGCAAUUUCUAUUUCAUACCUACACCACUCCAGAUGAAGGGUUUGUAACUGUGGAAUUAAAAAAUGCUUAGAAAUUUGCAAUUGUAUAGUCAGAUGUGAAUUUGCAGUUUAAAAAAGGAAAAUAUUAAACACACUUAAACAAAUGUAUGUGCUACAGUUUCCAACUUACUAAAGCCACCCAGCCAACUCUGAGAUACAGGGAGGAUACAAAGCCUGACACCUGGCUGGGCACUGUGGCUCAUGCCUGUAAUCCCAGCACUUUGGGAGGCCGAGGAAGGUGGAUCACCUGAGGUCAGGAUUUUGAGGCCAGCCUGGGCAGCAUGGUGAAACCCUGUCUCUACUAAAAAUACAAAAAAUAAGCCAGGUGUGGUGGCGUGUGCCUAUAGUCUCAUCUACUCAGGAUGCUGAGGCAGGAGAACUGUUUGAACCCAGGAGGUGGAGGUUGCAAUGAGCCAAGAUAGCGCUAUUGCACUCUAGCCUGGGUGACAGAGUGAGACUCCGUCUAAAAAAAAUAAAAAUAAAUAAAAAAUCUGACAGCUAGCAGGUUUCAGGAUCCAUCUGCCAAGUCAAUGAAAGGCUAGAGCCUCAAAUCCUACAGAUGAGAGUCAUUUUUCUCCUCCUUAGCUUCUUAGAGUUUAAGAGAGUUGAAGCAGCCCUGAAAAGUAAUGAUUGAACAAGAUGAAGCCGUCAGAUUUCCCUGAUUUCUUCAGGGAAACUAUACCUAGUGCAUCUGAAGUGCUGUGUGAACUGCAGAAGGUUCCAAUGCUGGAAACUUCUCUCAUACUGUUGUGCCUUCCUAUUUAGAAGUGCCCGUGCUCUGCUCAGCUGUGACUGUAUUGACCUCAGGAUCUCACUGGACAAGGCAUGUGGAGACCCUUGCAGGAGCCCUGGUAAGGGUGAAAUGAUCCUUUUGUUGUUGUUGUUUUUUUGAGAUGGAGUUUCACUCUUGUUGCCAAGAUCAUGUGUCAUUGCAACCUCCGCCUCCAGGUUCAAACGAUUCUCCUGCCUUCGCCUUUCAAGUAGCUGGGAUUACAGGUACCCACCACCAUACCAGGCUAAUUUUGUAUUUUUAGUAAGACGGGGUUUCACCAUGUUAGUCAGGCUGAUCUUGAACUCCUGACCUCAGGUGAUCCACCUGCCUCGGCCUCCCAAAGUGCUGGGAUUACAGGCGUGAGUCACGCCUGGCCUGAUCCUAUCGUUGCACUAUUUAUGGAGCAACAACUUUGUACAGAGAAUGAGCUUUGUACAGAGAACGAGCUUGGCUUUUUCUCCGAAUGCCGAGGAUGCUGCUGAUGCUGCCACGUAAUAGCAUAAUUUUGGGCGUUCUCAAGGACAGAACUUCCCCUUUGAAUAGUGGAACAAUGAAUUUCACCGGGGAAUACAUACUGACUGAUGUGAAGAAAAUAUGCCAUUGUUUAUUCCCUCCUGCGUCAUUUCCAUGAUGUGCUUUUGUACUGUGAGUUUAGAGGAAAUGUGUGAUGCUGGCAUUUUGUUUGGCUUGUUUGAUGCUGGGGGUUUUAUAUGUUGUAAAUUUUACCCCUUACAUUGUGUAAUUUGAAUGGAGCAAACAAACCUGCAGUAAAAGUCCUUUAUUGGCGUCUUGGUUCGGAUGGAUGGAGGGCCUUUGUGAUAGUGUUUGCCUUUGUGAACAGCAGACCUUUCAGAUGAGAGAAGUGGGUUUUCCUUGGUGAUAGAGGGGUAGAGAUUGAGCCAUGGGGAUGAUUUAGGUUAAAGAAUGCUUUUUUUGGCCAUCUUGAGGAUCUAACAACAGAGUAGAAGGAAGCAUCCCCUAGGUCAGCAUUCAGAGUGGUGAGGGGGCUUUUAUCUUCCUUACCCAAGCCUCUCUUUUCAUUUUUCUCAAAGUCCAGAAGUUGCUCUAUGAUGAAAUAGCCUCCUUUAAUGUUUAUUUCUGGGUGCCACAGGAGCUCCAUUCCUCUGCCAUUCUCAUAAUUCUUCCCAAAGGCCUAUGAUCUAAAAAUUUCACCAGGGCAUCCACUUAGCUGUGAGGCUGCAUACAGUCUCCACUUCUGAAAUCUGAACUUAGUUUAUCAGUGGUGCUGUCUGAACUUCAUAAUGCCAACAUUUACUGAACACUUACUGUGUGCCUGGCUUGUGCUCCUGAGUGCCUUAUAUCAUAAGAAAACAGGAAAAUUAGGGGACUGGUGUAAAUGGUGAAGCUAGGCCUGAAUCUCAGCUUUGUCUUCAGAGCCAGCACCCCCAAUCUCACUUUCUGUCAAAUACUACUUUUCAAAGAAUGAAGUUGUAGCCAAAUCUUGACAUUUUCAUUUACCCUAAGUGAGGACAAAUGAAGCUUUCAA